AUGGUUUUUGCUAAACCAUACGCCAGAAUGAAGCUAAUGAUUGUUGGCGUUCAGGGCAUCGGAAAGACUUCUCUUUUGGAACUGCUUAGACAAGAGGGCGGCGGUUCUUAUAAGCGAAAACCUCCCGAACAUUGGGCCAAACGAAUGGGUAAUAAGAACGUGAAUAUGAAGACUCCGCGAGGAGUGACGCUCUCAACGGUUGGCGUCGAUGUCUGCGAAUGGACUUUCGAGAAGAAAGUGAGAGGACAGCCAUCCUUUGGCGCCGUUUCCUUUAGGACGUGGGAUUUCGGGGGUCAACGCGAGUAUUACGCGACUCAUCAGUAUUUCCUGUCGAAGAGAUCUCUAUAUUUAGUCGUCUGGAAGAUUAUUGACGGCGAGAGAGGUGUCGACGGAAUAUUCCAGUGGUUGGUCAACAUCCAGGCGCGCGCUCCCAACUCUCCCGUCAUUAUAGUUGGCACUCAUUAUGAUUUGGUUAAGGAAUACUUUCCGCCCUUUUAUGCCGAAGAAUUGCAGCAAAAUAUACGCCAGAGGUUUAUGAAUGUCGUCGACCCCGACAAGUGUGGUCUUCCGCGAGUCAUCGACUCCAUUGAAAUCAGUAUCAAAACUAAACAUAAUAUAAAACUCUUAUGUAAUCUCAUUUACGACACUGUGUUUGAGUUGAGAUGUCCGGGAAGUAAAGAGCGUCUACUCGAACAGAGAGUUCCGGCCACUUAUCUGGCGCUCGAAGACGUCGUUUCCUAUUUAGCAUUGGAGCGAAAACAAGAGGGAAAGGAUCCGGUGUUGCGUUCGGAACAAUACAAGACAGCAGUGAUCGGAGAAAUGAUGAAUCGAUACGGAAUGACAUUCAGAGAUAUGUCUGAAUUACAUUCCGCCACAAUAUUUCUCCACGAAAACGGAGUUCUACUUCAUUACGAAGACUCCACUCUUAAGGAUAUAUAUUUUCUUGACCCGCAGUGGCUCUUCGAUAUGUUGGCACACGUGGUCACCAUAAGGGAGAUUAAUCCUUACGCCCAAAAUGGUCUUAUGAAGAUUGAAGACUUGAAACAAUUGUUUAAGCUAUCGAAGUGCGCGCCGACAGACGCUCAGACAUAUUUACUUAAUCUACUCAACAAGUUUGAAGUGGCGGUCACGUGGGACAGCCGUACUCUUCUCAUCCCAUCCCUAUUGCAUGGCGAAGAAGAUCUGCGCGCAGGGCUUCCCGGCUGUGAUGUUAGGAUUCCCGUGCGUUCGAGGGGUUGGGCUCUCAGAAAAGGUUCCGACAAUUUAUCGACCAAUACAUUGACAAUCAAUUUCCAGACACACCCUCUCUUCGAUGCGCCAAAAAUUCCUCCCAUUUUAUGCGUCGAAGAAAUUCAAGUAUCGAUUCCACAGACGCCUCAAUCCGUGAACAAAAAACAAAUACAAUGUACUGUUCGUGUGAUUACUCGACCAAAACAUUCUGUCCAUCGACUUCUUUUGAUGACAUACUUUCCCAGCGGUUUCUGGUCUCGACUUAUGGCCCGUAUUUUA